AUGUCUGACGUGUACUCAGAUGCUUAUUUGGUACUUGCCGCCGCCUCAGCAGAAGCGGAUAAUGUAGGGUUUUUGACAAAGCCGCAUAGGGGCUUUCGAGGUGCCGGUUUGGAAUCACGAGAGGGAAGUGGCCAAGACGACAUAGUGGUGCACACCCUAAUUCCUCACUCGGACUUGGACCCAAAUGAUUAUACGGGGCCAAAAAGCCCCAUCAGUAUCGGCCCGUUGGGUAAAAGAGCAUGGACUUUACAAGAGACCCUCCUUGCUCGCAGGUGCAUUGGCUUCAAUCAGUAUGAGGUUGCCUGGGAAUGCUACAGCACUGGAAACUGUGAAUGCGGUGAACUUCAAGAGACCAAUGACAUAGUGACCACCUCAAAGCGUGAUCAGUACCAAGGCCAGGCCGUUUGGGAUUAUAUUAUUAGUUACAGAAGUCUCGCGGAUCAACGUGGUGCUUCGGAAUCUCAUCCUCGACCUCUAAGUCGGCUACAAGAUGUUUCAACCACGUAUUUUGAGUGGCGCAAGUUGGUUAUACCCAAUUAUACCACGAGGGGCAUAACUGUUCCUGAAGAUAGGUUGCCCGCGCUGUCGGCGCUUGCUAGGAAUGUGGGAAGUUCGUCUCGGGAUAAGUAUAUCGCAGGUAUCUGGCGAAAGGAUAUCCAUCGUGGCCUGGCCUGGCGGGCAGGAAAGCAUUGGACAGGUGCUUUACUGCCGUGUCCAUCUACUUAUAUUGGCCCAUCAUUUUCGUGGGUGUCUAUCAAUGGGCCAAUACACUACAUAUCACCAGACGAGACAAAAAAAGACGGCUACGCUGUAUAUGGAUCCAUUGGGAUCGAUAUCCUGGGGUACGACAUAAGGCUAUCAAGUGUGAACCCAUAUGGAGCUGUUGAAGGUGGUUGGCUAAAGCUUUCUGCACUCUCACAAACUUUUGAGCUUCGAUGGGAUCCAGUCAAGGAGAUAUAUACGCUUUUUACAAAUGAGUCUGGCUAUAGUCCAGAAUACCACUGUUUCCGCCCAGAUACACUACUUUACCAGGCAAACGUUAAUGGGGCCAACAAUGAGCUGUGUGAUUCCGUGCUGCGGGCGACUUCCAGCAACAGCAAACAGCAAUCGUUCGAUACACCUGUCGAAGGGGUACUGAUCUUGGAUGUCCCUCGAAGAGAAGGGCUGUUUGCAUGUCACGAAGUUGCAAUCAUGGUCCUAGGCUUAUUGUCCACAAAUCCAGUACAGUACCAGCGUAUUGGAAUAGCAAUAGCCUUAUUCAAGCCUGAAAGUGCUCAAAGAUGGUUCGAGAGUGCUACGCGGAAGGAAUUUACGAUACUAUAA